AUGAGCGGGGCUCCAAGUGGCUCAUAUGGGGACUCAGUUCGCUGUAGGAUUGGUCGGAUCAAGCUAAGCCUCCCGUCGAAUGCAAUAUUUGAUACGUUGAAGACACGGAUUGAAGACAUGACAGCCAAAGCAACCGGAAUUACCUCCAUGAUAGAGCGGCGAGAGGAGAAUUGCAGACAACUGGCGCACAAAGCCGCGUUCGUCAAGGACCAGGUUCUCCAACGGAUGUCACCCCCGGAAACGACAGAUACAGAGGCAAUCACACUGUUAGACCAGUUUUCCCAGGCGCUGAACAGCAUCGAAGCAUUGAUGCGGAAGCAGGAUGAUCCCCAAACGCCAUAUCGACAGCUCAGUCACGACGAGAUCGAAGAACAGAACGAGCGGCUUGAUUCCAUCUUAGAUUUUCGCGGGCGGCUGAAUGCUCAUGAUCUGCGGUUGGUCGCGUUGGAAGGACGGGGGAACAGAUCGAUGCUAUUUCAGCUCCCAACCGAUAUGCCGUUGAUGGAAAUGCCACCAAGUCCGGCCGUAUUUCACGGGCGCAACGAACUGGUCGAAUCGAUUAUACAACGCCUCUGCGAGAUUGAUAACUGUCAUAUCCCUAUACUCGGACCUGGCGGAAUCGGGAAAACCUCUGUAGCCGCGGCGAUAAUAAACGACGAGCGAAUCGUAGCCAAAUAUGGAGCGAACCGGUUGUUCAUGAGCUGCGAAGGUCUGACUACCUGCGACGGAACUGCCAACAUGAUUUCAGCCGCUCUACACCUGCAGCACGAUCCAAACGCCCGCCCGUCUGUGCCAGUCUACCUCGCGUCGCUUGAACGUGCCAUUUUGGUUUUCGACAAUGCCGAGACCCCACUAGAUAACGAGGACCGGGAGGAAGUGGAGAAGUGGUUUGCAAUAAUCGCAGCAAAACUCGCGUCUCGCUCAUCAUCACGAUGCGAGGGUCUACUCCCCCCACGAGAUGACGAGCUUGAUGCUCUGCUCACCACACUUGACGGUUUGCCGCUCGCGAUCACCUUGAUGGCUACUUUGGAUCAAGCAGCAACUUAG